AUGAAAAUUCUUCUUAAGCUAUAUCGAGUAUGGGAGAUCUUGGAGGAGGAAACAAACAAGAGCAACAAAAACGACGUGGCUGUAGCUCUCAUCUUUCAGUCCAUUCCAGAAGCACUUAUCUUGCAGGUCGUGAAACAGGACACAGCGAAGAAGGUUUGGGAUGCCAUAAAAUCAAGACACCUAGGGGCAGAUAGAGUUCGAGAAGCUCGAUUACAAACCCUAAUGGCAGAAUUUGAUCGCUUGAAGAUGAAGGAAACCGAAACUAUCGAUGACUUCGUCGUGGGAUCGCUCGAGCAAGUCCUUGACCUUAAGGUAACAAGCUUUGAAGAUAUCAUUGGUCGUUUGAAAGCAUAUGAAGAAAGUGUAAGAGAAGAUGACGACGAAGGUCAUGAAGAUCAAAGCAAACUGAUGCUCACAAACUCGGAGAAUCAGUAUACUCAGCCGAAUCAAGACUACGGUGGAGACUACAAAAACAGAGGACAAGGCGGUAGGUUCUAUGGAAGAGGAGGACGUGGUCGAGGAAGAUCAUACCGUGAGUUUGAUAUAUCAAAGAUAAUGUGUUUUCACUGUGACAAGAAGGGAAAAUUUGCAUCUAGUUUUCCGGACAGAUUACUCAAGUUGCAAGAGGCUUAUGAAAACAAAACCGACGAAACACAAGAGGCAGAUGGACUACUAAUGCGUGAAGAGGUAUAUCUGAAUGAGAAGAAUGUAAAACCUAAGGAGUUUGAGGCAAAUUCAGAUUGUGACAAGGUGUGGUAUCUAGACAAUGGGGCUAGUAAUCAUAUGACGGGCCGACAUGAUUACUUCAAGACGAUGGAUGAGAUGGUAACAGGGAAGGUUAGAUUCGGAGAUGACUCGAGAAUAGACACAUCAAGGGAAAGGGCUCAAUACUAUUUGUAA